AUGCCAAACUCCCCAGGCGAGAGCGCCGUUUCCGAAUCCCCCGCUUUCCAGUCGUACCUUAACAACGAUGGCAUCGACCUGUUGACCCCUGCCUCCAGAAAACACAGGGUGUCGUCGUUGUCGCUUUCCGACUUGAACCAGUGGCAGAAUGGCUUGACCAAGCUUUCCUCCUCCACCUCCUUGAGCAAACAGGGCUCCAACGCAAACUUGAAGAAGGUCGACUCCUUGGCCAAGUUGUCCCGUAACUCCUCCAUCAUCAAGCGUAAGAAGAAGUCCAUCAUCGACCACCCCAGAGUCGCCUCCUACGCCUUCUGCUUCGAUAUCGACGGUGUUAUCUUGAGAGGCCCCGACACCAUUCCUGUCGCCAAGGAAGCCAUCAGAAUGUUGAACGGUGAAAACAAGUACAACAUCAAGGUUCCUUCCAUCUACGUCACCAACGGAGGUGGUAAGCCCGAAAAGGUCAGAGCCGAGGACUUGUCCAAGAGAUUGGAGACCGAGAUCAAGGUCGAGCAAAUCAUCCAGGGCCACACUCCAAUGAGAGACUUGGUUCCUCUUUACAAGAACGUGUUGGUUGUGGGCGGUGUCGGUAACGUCUGCAGAAACGUGGCUGAGUCGUACGGUUUCACCAACGUCUACACCCCAUUGGAUAUCUUGAAGUGGAACCCUGCCGUGUCUCCUUACCACGAUUUGACCGAGGAGGAGAAGAUCUGCUGCAGAACCGACGUCGACUUCUCCAAGGUCUCGAUCGACGCCAUUCUUGUGUUCGCUGACUCCAGAAACUGGGCUGCUGACCAGCAGAUCAUCUUGGAAUUGCUUUUGUCCAAGAACGGUGUCAUGGGUACCGAGUCCAAGACCUACAACGAAGGUCCAGAGAUCUACUUUGCUCACUCCGAUUUCAUCUGGGCUACAAACUACAAGUUGAACAGAUACGGUAUGGGUGCCUUGCAGGUCUCCAUCGCUGCCUUGUACAGAGAGCACACUGGCCUCGAAUUGAAGGUGCACAGAUUCGGUAAACCCCAGGCUGGUACUUUCAAGUUUGCCAACAAGGUCUUGAAGAACUGGAGAAGAGGUAUGUUGGACGAGCACUUGAAGAAGCUGAACGUCAACGACCCAGACGCCCAAGACGCUGACAUCUUGAUCAAUGACGAGGGCGAGGAGUUCAUCAACCAGGCCAAGUUGGAGUCUGGUAACUACGAGAGCGACGACGAGAACGAGUCCGAUGAAGACGAAGAAGGCAAGACAAUCGGCAAGUUGGGUGAAUUGAGCUUGCAGGACAAGAUUCAGUUGCAAUUGCCUCCAGCAUCGACCGUCUACUUCGUCGGUGACACCCCAGAAUCUGAUAUCAGAUUUGCCAACUCCCACGACGACUCGUGGUUCUCCAUUCUCGUCGAGACUGGUGUCUACCAGGCUGGCACCGAGCCAAAGUACAAGCCUAAGCACCAGUGCGACAAUGUUCUUGAAGCCGUCAAGUUCGCAAUUGAGCGUGAGCAUGAGUUGGAAUUGGAGGAGUGGAACGAGACUGCUGACUUCGACGAGGACAGUAAGGUUUCCUCCAAGAUCAACUUCAACGACUUCAUCAUGACACCUAGCGAAAAGAAGGAGGCCGAGGAGAAGGAGCAGAAGAAGCUCCAAAAGGAAAAGACAAAGAACACCAAGACUGUGGAGGAGUCCGAGUCUGUCGAAGUCCCCGCUGGCCUUACAGCCGAGCUCGACAAAUUCAAGGAACAGUGA